ACGGACUUUGGUCGUAGUCACGGUUUAAGUAUUUGCGCGUUUCCGCCAGUCUACAGUCCUUUGUAAUAAUGUCGUCUGAACAUGAAGAUAGUCAUCAUGAGUCUGAACCCAGAGACAAUGGCCCUGAGGGGAUGGAGCCAGAUGGUAUCAUUGAGAGCAACUGGAAGGAGAUUGUCGAUAGUUUUGAUGAUAUGAAUCUGCGUGAGGCUCUUCUCAGAGGAAUCUAUGCUUAUGGUUUUGAGAAACCUUCUGCCAUUCAGCAGAGGGCAAUCCUCCCUUGUAUCAAGGGGUAUGAUGUCAUUGCACAGGCUCAGUCUGGCACAGGAAAGACGGCCACGUUUGCCAUUUCCAUUCUGCAGCAGGUUGAUGUGGAGCUGAAGGCUACACAAGCAAUGGUGCUGGCUCCUACCAGAGAGCUGGCCCAACAGAUUCAGAAGGUGGUCCUGGCUCUUGGAGACUACAUGGGGGCAUCUUGCCAUGCCUGCAUCGGUGGCACCAAUGUCCGUAAUGACGUUCAGAAGCUUCAGGCUGAUGUGCCCCACAUAGUGGUUGGGACCCCUGGCCGUGUGUUUGACAUGCUUAACCGCAGAUAUCUCUCUCCUAAAUAUAUAAAGAUGUUUGCGCUGGAUGAGGCAGAUGAAAUGUUGAGCAGAGGCUUCAAGGACCAAAUCUAUGAGAUCUUUCAGAAGUUGGCCACAGAUACUCAGGUGAUUCUUUUGUCUGCCACCAUGCCUCAGGAGGUGCUGGAGGUGACCACAAAGUUCAUGAGAGAUCCUAUUCGUAUCCUAGUUAAGAAAGAAGAGCUGACCCUUGAGGGAAUCCGGCAGUUCUACAUCAAUGUUGAGAAGGAGGAGUGGAAGUUGGACACAUUGUGUGAUCUUUAUGAAACCCUGACCAUCACUCAGGCUGUAAUCUUCAUCAACACUCGCCGGAAGGUGGACUGGCUGACCGAGAAAAUGCAUGCGAGGGACUUUACGGUUUCUGCGCUGCACGGUGACAUGGAGCAGAAGGAGAGAGACGUCAUCAUGAAAGAGUUCCGUUCUGGCUCCAGUCGAGUCCUCAUUACUACCGACCUGCUGGCAAGAGGCAUUGAUGUGCAGCAGGUUUCACUGGUUAUCAACUAUGACCUUCCAACCAACAGGGAGAACUACAUUCACAGAAUCGGACGUGGUGGACGCUUUGGCAGAAAGGGAGUUGCUAUCAAUAUGAUCACCGAAGAUGACAAGCGUACGCUGCGAGACAUUGAAACCUUCUACAAUACUACUGUAGAGGAAAUGCCCAUGAACGUUGCUGAUCUGAUCUGAGACCCCUGCCCCAAUCUUUCCUCCUUCCCUACUUUUUUUUUUUUUUUUUUUUUCCUCUUUAGUCUCAUUCCAACCCAUAUCUCUUUUCAUGCAAAUCCCUCACAAAUCAAGUACUGUUGGUUCUGAUGGUGUGAUUUUUCAUAAAUCCAGUAGGUUGGCCACUCUUGAGAAUACUCAAAAUGAAUACAAGAUUCAUAAGGCUCAUUUAAUCUUGCCCUUUUAAAAUGGUGCCAUCUAGUGAUCAAGGAGGUGUUGCAGGGCUUAUUUGCAUGUGGUGUAAAUGUUAAUGCACUGACUGGCAUAAUGGAUUGGAGACAUGCCCUGCUUUUCUUGAUAGUGUUGGUUUAACCAUAUUUGAGAUGUGACUUUACAUUGGAAGAUUUUUUUUUUUCUAGCACAGGGCAAAGGAUGUAAACUAUAUAAUGAUUCAUGUGUUUUAUAUGGAGGACUUGGACUUUUAUUCCAAAUUGGAAGUCACUGCCAUUUUCCUUUUACAGAAGCAUCUGAGUAGGUUAAGAUCCGCUUGAUUUAAAAAAAGAUGCUUCAGUUCAAAAGGAAGUUGGUUUGUGGGAACAAAUCUGAUUCUAGAAUUGAAAAAUGUGGUCAAGUAAUUCUCAAAUGGUCCAAUUCUUCUGUUACAUCUUUUGUGUUGUCCUGUGUGCGUGGCUGUAGCUUUUUCGGUUUUUGUAAAUAGGCUUUACUCUGGCGGGAUGAAUGGCUGAAUGCAUUAGAAAUGAAUUUGGAAUGGUUGAUAUGACUGGAUAACCCACCAUUGUAUUGCCUCAGAUUUUUCUCUGCAUCAAAGUCCUAUUGAGGAGUUUUGCUCCCAUAACCUACCUCACCAAACUGUGUUGGAGAGGUCUAAAUAUGUAAAGGACCAAACUGCAGUAGUAGAGUAUAUAGAGAUCAUUAUGUCUUCGUAUUGUUAAAAAAAAUGCCUGUCUUUUGUUGGGUGGGUUUGGAUGUGGGGUUUACAUUUGGGGUGGUUAGGGCUAUUUUUUUAAACAAAUUUAUUACAAAUGUGACAAUUAUUAACCUUUUUGAGACAGAAGCCAUGUAUUAAGUGUUUUCUACAUUGGAUUCUGUAUAGUAUUUAUUUUAAUGGUCUGAAAUAAAGGUAUUUCCCAUUUUUAACAUGCUAA